ACGAAAAUACGAUAUAGCCUAUAUUUAUAAUUUUAGGUGGUGCAAAAAUUCUGUACAUCCCUAUCAUUUUACCAUUAUUAUUUUUUUCUUUAUCUUGUUUAUUUAUUGAUUGAUUGAUUGAUUGUUGAUGCUUACUGUGCUAUAUAAUGUGAUUCUAACAAAUCUAAUACAGUGUCUGAUUAAUUAUUGUUGUGAGCUCCUGAUUCUCUGUAGCUGAAUCUGAUCUUCUGAGCUGGCCCACACUCAGAGCCCACACUGUGUCUGCAGCCUGAGCCAUAGCUGAGGUUUGUGAGGCCCCAGUGCAGGUUUUACCCAUGGGCCCUGUUUGAAAUUGUGUAAAGCACAAAUAAAUAAAAAGAACAAAGAUACAAAUUAAACAAUGUUUAAGUUUUUCAGGUUUGUAGGUGUCCAAGUACAGAAACCGAUUAAUCAAAUGUAAAAUAGCAUAGUCUUCAUUGUAUAAAUUAAAUAUAGAUUAAUUCUUGUUAAAACAAGUAAUUCAGUAAAGAGCUGUGUGAUUUUCUUCCAUUUAAUUUCUUGGACUAACAUUAAGGACACCGACAGCAGCUAGUAAAUUAGGUGCAGUAAUUUUAAGAGACAUUGCACCCAUUAUAAUGAUACACAUCAUAUUUCUUUCCCAACUGUUUAGGUUCACUUAAGACAUAAUCAACAGUUUUUUAGAGGAUACUCACCAAGACGGGUAUUUCGACAUAAUUUUGUAUGCAUUUAUCGGUUCAAGAGCAAGAAGAGACAAAACUCAAUUCGGUGUUCAAGGGCUGAGACGUGUGUCCUUGCGUGCGUGCUGUGGCACAGAACACAAUGUGUGGAUGCUGAAUUAAGCUUUUCACGUCUUUUUGUGUAUGUAUGUUUAAACUGGCAAGGUGUAUUUGUUCGUUCAGGUGCGGGAGGACACGAAGGAGAGCUUGGUUGUGUGUUUACACGUUUGAGACGCGGCUCUCUCUGUGCGCACAAAACACUGUGCGCGAGUACUCAGAAAGGGUCUAUGCGAGAGGGAGUGAACUAUCCUGGAUAAUGCUGUGAAUCACACCUGAGAAGACAAAGGCCCGCAUAAUGAGCUCCAUAAUGAGCCAUUCAGACAGGUAUGUGACUGAGAGGGAAGAGAUACAAGAAAGAAUGUGAGGACAAAAUAAAUGUAUAUAUUUUUUGUUUGUAGUUUAUUAAGAAUAUAUUUAGCUAUCACAACUCAUAACUUGAGAUUCACUUGCGAGUGCAGUUAAACAGUUUAUUAGGAACAAUCAAAGCUGAUUUUCAAAGAUGACUUUUUAGCAUCAUUACUCCAGUCACAUGAUCCAUCAGAAAUCAUUAUAAUAUUCUGAUUUGCUGCUCAAAAAACAUUUAUUAUUAUUAUUAUUAUUAUUAUUGUUGACUAGAGCUGAGAAGAAUUUUUCAGGGUUUUUUUUUUUUAUGAAUAGAAAGUUUAGAAGAAGAGCAUCGUUUGUAACAUGAUAAAUGUCUUUAUCAUCACUUGUGUGCUAAAUAAAAGUUUUAAUUUAUAUAUAUAUACUGACUCCAAGCUUUUGAAUAGUAAAACCAUUUCACAAUAUUGCUGCUUUAGCAAAUACAACUUUAUGUAUUUUGGAUCAAAAACAUUAAAAAUCUUACUGUUCAAAAACUUUUGACUGGUAGUGUGUCAUGUUGAAAUUAUAUAAAUGAACAUCACAUAGGCUACCUGGCAUUUUCAUAUCGUUUAUGUGCUCUGAAGGAAAUAAAAAAAAUAAAAUAAAUAAUAAUAAAAAAAAAACAUUUUGAAAUUCUGGGUUAUUUCUCUAUAGCCGGGAUGAACUUUGUUCUUUGUUUGGAAGGACUUUGUUUGUUCACGCGGAGGCGAUGUGGGCGUUUACAUUUGCACGCGCCUCACGUGGAUGUUUGAAUGUGAAAAGCGCGAUCGGCGUGAGGGCGUGACCACAUUAGAUAUAAUGAGUUGAGACUGGCAAACCGGUUCAUGUUGUUUUAUUUACGUGUCUGUGAAGAGAGGUGACAGAGACAGAGCCUGUCUGUCCCUCAUUAUUCUUUGUUUAUAAGCCCCAGUCUGUUCUGUUUGUGUUUGUCGAGUCUACUUGUUUGCUACGUGUGUUGGUCAAGCUCCUGUCGUGAUUAUUCCCAGUAUUUCCUUGAUUAAAGACGGUUAAACGUUUCCUCGUGCCUCCAGCGUGUUCCCUGAACAGUGUAACAUGACAGAAGACCCGACCAAAUACAGUUACCUCUGUGUGUUCUCUCCGUUUUUGUUUCCGUUUUUUCCUCAGUGUUUUUGUUUCUGUUGUGUGUUCCAUGGAUCGCUCGAGGGCCAUACUAGACUGUUCCUGGUCCUCGCUGCUCUAACCAGCUACCCGGACGACACGCCAGUUUAAACAUCUCAUGCAGAGCGCUGUCGUCCGAAGAUGGUCCUCGAGCGAAUUUCGCCGCCUUUGUGGAGUGGACACUAGCGAGAAACGGAUCUCCGUUCCCCGCCUGUUCCCAGGAGUAUCUCGCCAGUUCCACUCCCGACCCAGUGCCUAGCCCAUCAUCUCCCUACUGCGCAGAGCGCAUGCCCAAGCCCACCGCUGAUGGAGAGCCAGAGCCCGCCGUGACCAACGAGCCAUCGCCGCAUGGAGUGAAAGAGCCACAGAUCGCCGUGGAGCUGGAGCUGCUAGUGACAUCAGUCCAGGUGCGUGAGCCGGCAACAACGCCUGCCUCGAGGGCAGUGAGAGCACAGAGAGGAGCUCCGCCUCCUGCACCGUGGCUGAGGGUGAGCUUGUUUUGGACCUGGUAGAGAAGAGGCAGAAAAGGACCUGAUAGACUGGGUGGCUGACCUGCUUCCUCUCCUCCCUCCUUCCUCGGAGCCCUUUGUCACCCCCAUUUCCACGUCCAGCCCUGAGUGGGCUCCCAUUCCUGAGUUAAGCCCAGAGAGAGCUCCUGUUUCCCCGUCCAGCCCAGAGAGGGCUCCAGUUCCAGAGUUAAAGGAUUACUCAUCCCCAAAAUGAAAACUGUGUCAUUAAUCACUUACCCCCAUGUCGUUCCAAACAUGUAAAUGCUUCGUUCGUCUUCGGAACACAAUUUAAGAUAUUUUAGAUGAAAACUGCGAGGCUUGUGACUGUCCCAUUGACUGCCAAGUAAUUAACACUGUCAAGGCCCAGAGAAGUAUUAAAAGCAUGGCCGGGUGCCAUCUGCUCCGCCUUGGUCCCCUGGAUCCUCCCCGUCACCCUGACUCGUCGGCUCUCCGUCUCCGCCUCGGGCUCCUCCUCCACCUGCUCCACCGCCGUUGGUCAGCCCCCUGAAGUCGACGACCAUUCCUCCUCCAUGGCUCCUCCCUCCGUCGGCUCCACCGUGGGCAGUCGUCAUGGCUGUGACCUGGGUCCUGCUUGGCUCCUUCUGUUCCGGCUCCCUCCUGUUAUCUCCCUGGCUCCUCCCUCCGUCGUCACCUCCCUGGUCUCUGCCCGUCGUCCUCCUCCUGGAUAUCCGUCCUCCUCCUGAGCCUCCUCCCUAGCUUUCACCUUUGCCUCCCACCUGUCUGUCCCUCAUUAUUCUGUGUUUAUAAGCCCCAGUCUGUUCUGUUUGCGUUUGUCGGGUUGUUGAGGAAAAUUCAUUUUAUGCUUAUUUUCUAUGUUUAUGAGAACAUGCACACCUCUUUUAGGUCUGGCUGUGCGAGAAAGGAAUGGGUUUGGGGCCUUUUGCUGUUUAUGAUCUGAAGGGUCAUUUAGGGCCUAAAACCAUGGGAAACAGGGGCUGAGGGUAUAAUAAACCAGAGUGUUCCUUCCUUUUCUGCCUUUUGGUGGAAAAGUACAGCUGUUAUAACAUGUGAUCUUUUGACCUUGAGUGCCUUGAAGAUUGUAUAAAGGUGGAGGACUGCCCUCCCCUUUUGUCGCACUCUGCAGAAACCUGCGUGUCUGUAUGACUGUUGACCUUCUUUGCAAAGAAUAAAACCUUUUAUUAACUAAGAGUGAGUUUGUCUCUUAUGCUGAUGAGAGUCAGUUGAAAUUGCCCAGACAAUUUGGCGUCAGAAGUGGGAUUCCUUGGAUGUGCCUUCUGGACCUGAGAGCGGACGGUGACCGUAUACAUCCUGGACUUAGAGUCCAGCCCUAACCCCGAAUAGAAUUGAAGGGAAGAGAGGGACCGACCGCCGAGGCCCGGAGGGGACACCACUGGAAUCAGAAAACGAACCGAGGUGGCAACAAAACUCUCUGGUAAGAGACAAAUCAAAAUUUUCUAAAGAAUUUGGGUUUUGAAAAUUAGAACUGGAAUUGAGAAAAGGGAAAAACCAUAUUGGUGGGUUUGACUCUGUGGUAGUGUGAUCAGAAGAUUUCUGGGAGAAAUUGAGAUUACCUGAGUAGAUACAGCACAGUUAAUAAAUUUCUAGGGGGAAAUUGAAACUGCUGCAAUUGGCGUGAUUGGAAAUUGAGCGAGAAAUUGAGAUCAAGUACGAUCCGGAGAUUUCGAAGCAAGAAAUUGAGAUCACGCGCAAGCAGUUAACACAUUUCUAAAAGGGGAACUGAAACUGUGCGGGUAUUAAUUGGAGCUGCUGGUGCGCUCCGCCUGGCCGGUCUUGGGAUAAAGAUCGGAUCUGUUGGAGACGUCUGACAGAUUAGGAUAUAAACGCUUAAGAGAAAAUCCACAGAGAAGGGAGAAAAGCCAAUAUGGGGAAGUCCCAGAGCAAGCUCGUUAAAUAUGAUACACUGGUAUUUUGGCAAAUGAAAAAAUUAUAUGGCCAGAAAAGCAUGCAAGAUAUGGGGAAAUUAAUUAAGUAUCAUGAUUUUCCAGAAGAGGGAACACUGAGUGUCACAAGGUUGAAUAUUGUGAAAGAAUCAGUCGAAGAGGGGAGUAAAAAACAGAAAGGGUGUUGUGUGAAACACAAGUGUGAUAAAUGUGGGGAAACGGUGAAUUGCUGGAUGGGGGAGGCAGAUAAAAGGGAAAGAAGAGCGAUGCAAAAAGAAUUAGCGUGUAGGGCUGAUAGGAAAAAAAGAAAAUGAAAAAUGUGAAGAAAAAGUAAUUACAUCACGUAGCCUUACUAACCGCUCUGGUGUUUCUGUGUUUAAACAUGCUCCACCACCCUAUCAUCACUAUCCCGUGGCGGAGCUGCGAGCCCUGAAAAUGGACCCUGACCUCGACUGCUCUCCACCAAAAAGACCAACAGCACCGCAGACAGACGAAGAAGAAAUGGAGGAAGACCCCAACAUGAUUCCUGAAAGCCCCCAAGAAGAAGAGGUGGCGUACAGAGCACCCCGGGCGAAGAAGAGAAAGACCAGACAAACGGUGAAAGAAGAAAAUGUGAGUGUAACAGCACCGAUGAUUGAAGUUUCAGGACCGGCCGGACCAAUGAUGGUCUUUAGACCAUGGACAGUGGCAGAUAUGAAAGAAGCCAUGGCUCACUUGCCGAGCCCUGACGAAGCUGGUGACAGAUUUUCCUCAGAACUGGUCACGUUCUGCAAAGAAUUCAGCCCCACCGUGUACGAGCUGAAGAGGCUGCUGGCAGUGAAACUGGGGGCCUCGAGCUGGCACAAAGUGAGUGGAAGGCUGCCAGGGGAAGACUACCGAAGAGGACACACCGAAUGGGGACACAGAGACAAUCUGGAAUACCGCGCUGCUGUUGAGGAGCUGGCUGAAAGCAUAAGAACAGCAUUUCCGGCGCGAGUGGACACAGCAAAGAUUGGCAACUGCUGCCAGAACAGAGAAGAGUCGGUUCAAGACUUUUAUCAUCGCCUUUAUGAGAUAUUCAACAAACACAGCGGCUUGGAGGAGCCCGGUGACCGCGGAAAUCACCCUGACACGUGGGAAUGUCAUCUGCGGAGCUGGUUUUUGAAUGGACUGAAACCUGAGAUUGCGUUAGCAGUGAGAACCAGCUACAUUGAAUGGAAACAUGGACGUUUGUCUGCUAUUUUAGCACGCGCUUUGCAUGCAGAAGAACUGCAGAUAGCAAAGAGAGAGAGAGUGAAAGCAAAGACUGACAAAGACGGGAUGGGAGAAGGGGGAGCAGUCUCCGAGAGCCACCGAAAAGGGAAGUGAAAAUUUUUUUAACCACACACACACACACACACACACACACACACACACAUACACUGACGUAUACACUGCUCUCUGCAAUGAAGAAAAAAAAGCUUGCAUUUCUUUGUGUGAUUCUGAUUUGAAUGAUGAAGAUUCUGAUAAAUGUUUAAUGAUGUACAAAAGUGAGGCAUUUAAGAAAAUGCCGAAAUACCCCAUGCUGAUUGAGGGGGUACUGAUUGAGUUUUUAGCCGAUUCUGGGGCUUCAAGGUCUUCCAUACGACCAUGUGACUUGCCAUGUCAACCGAUAAUAACGGACAAAACAAAUGAGUCUGUUUCUGCAUCAGGGCAUACAAUUUUUGAAAGAUUCACGGUGCCUCUAAAUUGUGAAACAGAGCGGGGAAGAGUGCUGAAACAUGCAUUCAUUUAUUCACCAAAAUGCCCUGUGCCCAUUUUGGGUCGAGAUCUGUUGUGCAAACUAAAUUUGAUGCUAGUUGCGGACUCCUCGGGUGUCAGAGUGGCAGAAGAGGGGGAGCAAUGGUGUUGUUUGCGAACAGAGCCUCAGUGGGCAUACGAAUGGCACAUCAUAAAUCAUGAUUGGGCUGAAAUGAUGUGCGAACUGGCCAAAAAUAAGACCAAGCCAUUUAACACAGAAAUAAUGGUGCCUGACAAUUUGCAUUGCACGUCACAUGUCGUAGUGGAAAGAGAAAACCAGUAUGAGAAAGACUGGUUUGAGGGGGGGAAAGGAGAAACUUUGAGUUUUGAGAAAAUCUUUUGGAAAGAAGAUAUGUAUGCUGUUUCAGUGGGCUUGACAGAAAAACAGCUUCCUUUUUUUCUAAUAUCAGAGUCUGUGCCUCACUUAUCGCUCUCCAAGGCCAAAGAGCAGGCUUGGGCUGAGCUGGGGGGGUUUGUGAAAAACUGUGUUGAUGCUACAGACUGGUGUGAGAUAAGCGUUGGGGUGAAACACAGCAAAAAGUUUGGGAGCAUUUAUGUCAGAGUGCAAGCAUGAAAUUGAGGUAGAGAGAAAUGUGACACCUGUUGACGAAAGCAUGAAGGGAAAUCACUGCAUGACAAACAUUUGUGCCUCAGAAAUUCACCCGGCUUUAGCGGAUGUGCCAUCCGAGCUGUGGGCAAAGCAUAAAUAUGAUGUGGGACUGAUCAAAGGAUGUGAACCGGUUGUAAUCACCCCAAAAUCUGAUUACAGGCCGUGUCAACGUCAGUACCCCUUGAAAAAGGAGGCAAUACUGGGAAUCAAACCAGUAUUUGACUCACUUUUGAAAGAAGGCAUAAUCGUUGAAUGCAGUGAUUCCCCAGUAAGAACACCAAUCUUCCCUGUAAAAAAGAUAAGGGACAAAGGUCAACCCACAGAGUGGCGGUUUGUGCAAGAUUUGCAGGCAGUAAAUGCAGCUGUCAGGCAAAGGGCUCCAUCAGUUCCAAAUCCAUAUACGAUUUUGUCACAAAUACCACAAGAUGCAACAUUUUUCUCAGUGGUAGAUUUGUCCAAUGCAUUCUUUAGCGUGCCAGUGGAUAAAAACAGUCAAUUUUGGUUUGCAUUUGAAUUUGAUGGCAAAGGCUAUACAUUCACGAGAAUGGGCCAGGGGUAUUGUGACAGCCCUACUCUUUAUAAUGAAGCGCUUAGGCGAAGUCUGGAGCCAUUGACCCUGACAGCUGGAACUGCUUUGCUUCAAUGUGUGGAUGAUUUAUUUUUGACUGCUAAGGAUGAGCCUACAUGUGUGGCUGACACUGUGACCCUCCUGCAGCAUCUGGCUCGGGAGGGCCACAAGGUCAGCUUGUCUAAAUUGCAGUUUGUAAAACAACAGGUUACAUUUUUGGGCCAUGUCAUAACACCAAACAGCAAAUCCCUGUCUGACAAAAGAAUUGAAGGCAUUAAGAAUGUACCAAAACCAAUCACAAAGAAACAAAUGCUAUCAUUUAUGGGAAUGUGUUCAUACUGCAGAACGUUUAUUCCAAAUUAUGCAAUUCUUGAGCAGCCUCUGAGAGCCCUAACAACAGGGAAGGGGUUGAAGUCAUGUGACAAAAUUGAGUGGACAGGGGAGGCAGAGGAGGCAUUUGUGAACAUGAAAGUUCAGCUGUCUCUGGCGCCGACUUUGGGCCUACCGGUACCAACCAAGCCUUUUGUUCAGAUGGUGGAUGAAAAAAAUGGGUUUAUGACUUCUGUGUUGUUGCAGCAUCAUGGAGAUAAAUUGCGACCUGUGGCUUAUUUUUCCAGCAAACUAGAUCCAGUUGCAGCAGGCCUGCCACACUGUCUGAGGGCGGUGGCUGCUGCAGAACAGGCCGUAAUGGCGUCUAGAGAAUUUGUAGGGUACUCUGACCUGAUAUUAAAGGUGCCACACGCUGUCCAUGAUCCUGCAAGAACAGAAAACAUCGCAUUUGUCGACAGCGCGGUGGUUGCGAUACCACACUAUCUUGCUUGAUAUGCCGAAUAUCACUGUCAGACGAUGCACAACCUUGAAUGCUGCUACUCUCCUUCCGACAGCGGAGGAUGGGGAGGAGCACCAUUGUUGUCUAACUGCGCUAGAACAAGUGUGUACACCGCGUCCAGAUCUUUCUGAUGUACCACUUGAAAACUGCGAAAAUGUCCUCUUUGUGGAUGGCUCGGCCUACAAAGAUCCACAAACAGGGCAGAAUAAAGUUGGGUAUGCGGUAACAACCGAAUUCGAAGUCGUGGUUUCUGGCUCAUUGCCACCACACUUUUCAGCACAGGCAGCGGAGCUUGUGGCGUUAACAGAAGCGUGCAAACUGAUGGCAGGCAAAUGCGUCACAAUCUAUACCGAUUCACGGUAUGCAUUUGGCGUCACGCAUGACUUUGGAGCGCUGUGGAAACACAGAAACUUUUUAAAGUCAGAUGGGCGCCCAAUAUUAAAUGCUCCUCUAGUGGCGGCCUUACUGGAGGCCAUUCCACUACCAGACAAAAUAGCCAUUUGCAAAUGUGCCGUACACACUAACAACAAAGAUUUCAUAUCCACAGGAAACGCCAGAGCAGAUGCGGCAGCAAAGGCCGCGGCGGCGAAGCAGACAAAAGAAACAGAGUGUACUAUGUUAUCUGAAAGUAACCCAGACAUUUCUUCCUCUUUACAGAGCAUGCAGGCCUUUGCCUCAGGGGCAGAGAGACACCAGUGGAAACAGUGUGGCUGUAAACUGAAUGAGGGUGUCUGGAUGAGCUGUGAUGGCAAGCCUUGUUUACCUAGACACUUCUUUCCACAUUAUGCUAAGUCGACACAUGGGAAAGACCAUGCAUCGAAAGGGGGAAUGGUGGCACAAAUUAAAGAACUGUGGUUUACAAAGGGGUUUACAACAUUUGCAGAAAAUUUUUGUAAAAGAUGUGUUAUUUGUAACACCCACAAUGUGGCGAAAGGGAUAAAAAUGUCUCAAGUGUCCCAACUGCCUGCGACAGGUCCUUUUGAAUAUCUACAAAUGGACUUCAUUGAACUGUCCCCAUGCCAAGGGAAAAAGUACUGUUUGGUGAUGUUGGAUAUGUGGUCCAAAUGGGUCGAGGCUUUCCCAACAUCAAAACAAGACGCAGCGGCGGUGGCAAAGGCCCUGCUGACUGAGAUAGUCCUGAGAUGGGGAGUUCCACAAAAAAUCAGUUUUGACAAUGGAAACAAGUGGGUGAAUUUUUAGGAAUUAAUUUGAGAACACACUGCAGUUAUCACGCAGCCUCAGGGGGCGCUGUAGAACGGCAGAACGGGAUAAUUAAAAACAAAUUGGCUAAGUGUUGUGAGGAAACUGGACUCACAUGGGUUAAAGCGCUCCCGAUCGUCCUCAUGUACAUGAGAAUGAGAAAACGAUCUAGGGUGAAUCUGAGCCCAUUCGAGAUUCUCUUUGGUAGACCACCAUGGGAAUAGAAGGGGGAAAACAACAGCUGCCAUCAACAGAAUUGUGUGAGCAUGACAUGUUGAGUUACUGCAAAGAAAUGUCUUCUCUGUUGUCUAAUGUCUGUGCGCAGGUAAAAGCCGCCCAGGGGAAAGUUGUAGAAACUCCCUUGCACGACAUCAAACCAGGAGAUUUCGUGGUGGUACGAGAUCUGAGGAGGAAAAGUUGGAAGGCGAAAAGGUGGCUGGGACCGUUCCAAGUGCUUCUGACUACUCACACGGCCGUGAAGGUAGCUGAGAGGGCAACGUGGAUUCACGCCAGCCACUGUAGAAAGGUUCCACCUGCAUCUGAGGAGGAGGAACGGAGGGAGUAGGAGAUUCAAGGAGUGAGCUGACAGGUGCCAAAACCCUGUAUAAACAUCAAGCGCCUUAUCAGCGCGUGAGCAAGGCCAAGACUGAAAAGUUGUGGGGAGACAGCCCGCACAAACAGCGGCCUCUCCACCAAAGAGACAAAAGGAGACGAAAGGAGGUGCUGAUAAAGACUGUAACAUUUCAGCUGUGCAUUCAGCUGAAACACACAAAUCAGAGACAUUGCAAAGAAAACAGAGCUGUGAGAGCAUCAGCGACCAGCGCACCCCCUGCUUCCUGAACGAAAGACUGGGUAGCGGGCAUUAGCAGCCGACAGAAUGGAGCAACCGAAAGCGUGGCACCCGUUCAGAGUGCCUGGACUGUGUGGAAUGAGAGGUACGAUCUGCUGGUUAACAGCGGUGGCUAUGAUCAUCUGUUCAAUCUCAUUCUACCUGACUGCAGAGCUGGUGCAGGAGACGAGAGGAAAUGACAUGCCGACUGCAACCAUUUCAUUGAAUGAGACCAACUACCAACCAUCUACAAGGACAAAAAGAUCGACACUGACUAUCGUAGUACCGAUGCAUGGAGCGAGAGAGGACUUCAUCACGGUGACAGAAGGAUCAAGUGUGAAGUUCAGCUGUAAUCCGUAUAUGAAGAAUUGUCAGUACUGCGGAAGACCAGCACGCGCAAGUAAACAAGACUUUGAAUAUGCACAAAUUUAUUUUUGUAAAGAACCAUGUGGGUGGGGUGAAGUAAAGGCGUACGACAAACCCACAGUGUAUGGGACAGACAAAAGGUUUGGGGUGACAAAGAACAGCAAGAGGGGCCAUAACAAGGACGGGAUGACAGUAGAGAUAAGAGGUGUGAGACUCGCAGACCAAGGCAAGUACUAUUGUGGCAUUGAUAAAAUGGGGAUCGAUUGGUAUGAAGCCUUCAACAUCAUUGUGAAUCAGCCAGCGCCAGAACCGAUAAAGCCCCUUGUCGAGCACACCUUUGAACCAGCCACAGCAGAAGAGGAAGCGUGGAUGGGAGAAGGAGGAGCAGGAAAAGGGGGAAUGAAUCCCGAAGUGCGAAGCGCCAUGACGAGGUGUCAAGGGAACAAGGCGUGCACUCUGGCUCUGUUGCAAAAAGCGGAGCUGGAGGUAAACACGAGUUGUUGGCUGUGUCUGCAAAUGUCACACUCAUGGAGAGCAGCCCCAUUGACUGUUGCAACUGUAACGGAAACCAGAUGUCUGAUACCGCAGCAGAUGACUGAAGUGCUGAUGGCUGCGGCUGACAUAGAGCAAGGGAACACACCAAAGAGGAAGCCUGCGCUCGACUGCGGAAAGACUCGAUGGGACAACAAACUCGACGUGAUGCUUCCACCAUUAAGGGUCAUGUACACACGAGGAGAUGUGUGCGUCUGCAGGGUAAGACCGAAUUCAGGGGUGAUGACAGGAUGGUCGAACUGCAGGAUGAGGAUGGACGUGAGGAACGGAACGACGGACAACUGCACAGCGACGAUCAACGGAACACUGAUGAACUUUACAUGUCCAUUCAGCGAGCCGAGGAACACACUGCCCGCAGCAGUAUGGGUGUGUGGAGGCAGAGCAUACCACCAUCUGCCAGAGAGAGGGUGGGCAGGUUGUUGUUACCCAGCACUGAUGAGUGUGGGGACAUCUGUGUAUUUACCAGGUAAUGAGCAUGAGGGAGAGAGCAGGAAGAAGAGAAGUGUAAAAGUUCUACCAGGGGCUCUGCCAGACAGGUAUAAUGGGUAUGUACUGUCCAACCCUUGGAUGACACCUGGGGCUAAUGUAGGGUGGUCAAUUUUUCCAGGGGUGGGGACGGCACUAAGCAUAAAUAAGAUCAAUGGGUUAGCAUGGUCUGUACUGACUAUAGCUAAUAGCACUGAGAAUGCCCUGACAAUGGUGAAUGAGGAAAUGAAACAGAUUAGGGACACAGUUAUUCAGAACAGAUUAGCACUGGACCUUUUGACCUCUGAGAAGGGAGGAGUUUGUAAAAUGUUGGGUACAUCAUGUUGUUUCCAUAUUCCAGACUACAGUGAUAACGUCACUAAUAUCAUCACUCACAUGAGAAUGGCCGUAAAAGAGCCUGAGCGAGCAAACGAUGUAUGGCUUGAAUGGUUGACAAAUUUGUGGGGAGGAUGGGUAGCAUAGUGAGAAUGAUAGAUGUAGAAAUGAAUUGUUAUUAUAAUCAGUUAUCAAUGAAUGAUAAAAGGGGAAUUGUUGAGGAAAAUUCAUUUUAUGCUUAUUUUCUAUGUUUAUGAGAACAUGCAAACCUCUUUUAGGUCUGGCUGUGCGAGAAAGGAAUGGGUUUGGGGCCUUUUGCUGUUUAUGACCUGAAGGGUCAUUUAGGGCCUAAAACCAUGGGAAACAGGGGCUGAGGUUAUAAUAAACCAGAGUGUUCCUUCCUUUUCUGCCUUUUGGUGGAAAAGUACAGCUGUUAUAACAUGUGAUCUUUUGACCUUGAGUGCCUUGAAGAUUGUAUAAAGGUGGAGGACUGCCCUCCCCUUUUGUCGCACUCUGCAGAAACCUGCGUGUCUGUAUGACUGUUGACCUUCUUUGCAAAGAAUAAAACCUUUUAUUAACUAAGAGUGAGUUUGUCUCUUAUGCUGAUGAGAGUCAGUUGAAAUUGCCCCGACAGGGUCUACUUGUUUGCUAUGUGUGUUGCUCAAGCUCCUGUUGUGAUUAUUUGAUUAAAGGGGGUUAAACAUUUCCUUGUGCAUCCAGCAUGUUCCCUGAACAGCGUAACGUGACACCUACAUGCGUGAUAAAUUUACAUUAACAUUUCACAGGUACAAUUUGUGCAGUAACCUUAACAGGUAUAGGCUAAAUUUAGUUACAAAUUAAAGUACUUGAAUUCAAUUUCAAAUAAAUAGAUCAGUCAUUCUAUGUAUGCCCACAAGAUGACUGAACACGUUAUGUGAUGUAGCAUUUGGACCAAUCAGAUACACAAUUUUUCAUUAGAUUUAACAUAUCAAUUAUUCAUUAGAUUAACAAAUAAUUACAGACCCCUCACCCAAUACACAUACUGGGUGCCAGUAUGUCUGUGAAUGACUCCAGGCCCCUGGUUACCAUGGUAACCAGAACUCCUCAGCCAGACCAGAUAAACUUUAUGGCAUAAACCUAAUGGCAUGUUGAGAGUUCUCACUCUCACCAUCUUUGAACCUUAGGAAAGACAUUAUGCCAUAAAAAUGGACUCUUCUCUAAUUAAUUCAUAGAAAAACCUUUCUUUGAAUGAACACACAUAUCCUUCAGGUCAUUGUGUAUAUUAUUACUGUUCUUGUAUAUGUUCUUUUGUGUUGUAUACUGUUUUAUGCAUGCUUAUGACAGAUCACUAGUUAAUAUCACCUCACUUAUACCAUGUUUGGUCUCUAUCAAUUUGUCUUUGGAUGAUCUAAUCUAGAGUGAAUAUUACAUGUUGAUAUCUAUGCAACAUAUUAGUGUCCUAAGAAUCUUUAGUAGUUUUUGCAUUAACCCCAGGUGAAUUACAUAUGCAAAUUACCAUGUUCAGAGACAAAAAGUCGUAAACUUUCCCUCCAAAAGUGAAAGCCACCAUUGGCUCUUUGACUCCCCAGAGGUGUGACCUCUAUAUCGGAUAAAGCUCUUACAUCAGUGAUCCGUCUGGCCAGUCUGCGGUUCCUUUAGAUCCUAAGAGGAUGAGGAUGUGAGCUCCUCAGCAACCCUUAAGUUUUGCAACAGGCCUUGCGGCCUUGACUUUCCAUUUAACCAAAGAUCCUCAGAUCUCAGCUGAUGUUUCUCUUAGCUCUUUUUCACUUUCUACCUGGGAAGAAACUCCCAAUCACCACCGAGCCAGGAUAACACCUUUCGGAGUUCAUCAUCCUUCAAACCCGGAAGAACUUGAAGAACUCUAACACCACCAAACCUUCAAACCAUCAAAACUUUCAUCCGAGACUGCAUCCGGACACUUGUUCAAUGACGAAGGCAAUGCAAGUAUCGCACAUUUAACUAAACGAAACAGAGGUUUAGUAUAAGCGGUAGACCCCGUUGUAAAACGGCACUGAUGGUUUUUAACUCAUGUGGUUCUGACUCAUUUUUCAUAACUGCAUUCUCUGGUUUCUCUAAUGGCUUUAUUCAUCCACUUUAGCUAUCCUUUUGUAUGUACGCGUGAGUGUAUGUAUGUUUGUUUGUUUGUUAGACUAGUUGGUGUUAGUGUUUAGUUAAUAAAACUCUU